AUGACGGCUAAAGAAGAUUUAGUCGAACCCAAUACAAAUGGAGAUGGCCGACCAGUUAUAACACCAACAACGGUCAAUUUAACCGAACAACAACAACAACAGACGCCACCACCUGAUUAUGAAACUUCAAUCAAACAAGAGAAUGAGAUCGAAGAAGUUGAGGACGACAAUGAAACUGUUGUUUUUGAUGACAAUGGUGAACCGAAAUUUCCCACUGAUGACUUAAUGAAACUUGAAGAACAACUCAACCGAGUGCGAUGGAUUGUUCCUGUUCUAGCUGAUGGCGAAUUGAUAAAAUGCUUACGAGCUGCUGUUCGUCUUGCUCGCGAAAAACUUGAUACAAAAAGCGAAGCAUGUCAACGAUUUAUUCGUGAUAGUCUUGUUAUUUCAUUUACGAAAAUCUUUUGUGAUGAUGCUGUUCAAUCAUGGAAAUAUGAAAUAUACCGUGCUAUUUAUAAAAAUGCCAUGGUUUGUGUUCGAUUAUGUGUAUUGAAGUUAGACGAUGAUUGUUUACCCUUAUUGGAAAUUCUUAGUUUUAUUAUGAAUCCGCAAGGACGUUAUCAUCAAGUAAAUUACAAUCGAGGGUGCUUGUAUCAACUGCAAAAUACUACCGAACCUUUCUCACCAUCAUUAGAAUAUCGUGGUGCCCAACGAGGUUGGUUAGUUGAUUUGAUAAAUAAAUUCGGUGAUCUUGGCGGUUUUGACAAACUUCUUGCUCGUUUUACUUCGUCUGAAACCAAAUUGACAAUCUCCCUCGUCGUUGCAUUACUCAAACCAUGGGGUCUUUGUUAUGAUUAUUUAACACAAUCAACAAUAAAAAAAUACUUCGAACCAAUCAUUGAAUUUGUUUCACAAUAUCUUGAUCAAUUAUCAGAAAAUGAUCUUAAAAUGGAGACGAAAAGUGAAUCAAAGAGUGAUACGUUAUCAGCAGUCAUCAAAUGGCUUCGUCAUCUUGCAUCACGUAUACCUGAAAACGAUAAAGCAUGUCGAAAAUUAGACGUACUUCGUCUCAAAAUAAUCUUACGGCUUUUACAAACCAAUUCUUUCAGCGGGAAAAUGAAUGCACUUAAUGAAGUGAACAAACUCCUUCCAAAUCUUAGUUCCACUUACCGUACAACAUUCAAUCGGCCAGAUGAUAUGGAUAGUUUAACAUCCGACAAAUUCAUUAAAUGGCUUCAGGAGAACGCUAUUCUUGAUAUUGUCCUACGCGACUGUUUGCAUCAACCUCAAUAUGUUGAAAAAUUAGAAAAACUUCUUCGAUUUAUUAUUAAAGAACAAGCAUUAAGCCGCAAUGAUUUAGCGAAAAUCUGGAAUGCUUCGUGUGGGAAACAUGAAGCGAUCGAAAAGAAUGUUCACGAUUUGUUAGCGAAGUUAGCGUGGGACUUUACCCCGGAACAAUUGGAACAAUUAUUUGAUUGCUUUCGAGAAAGUUGGACGAAAGCGAGUAAGAAACAACGUGAAAAACUACUCGAACUUAUCCGAAGAUUAGCUGAAGAUGAUAAAGAAGGUCUCAUGGCCAAUAAAGUUUUGGAAUUAUUAUGGAAUAUUUCUCAUGAUGAACAUCUACCAACUGAAAUUAUCGAACAAGCUUUAGCAGCACAUUUGAAAAUUCUCGAUUAUAGUUACGUAUCGGAAAAAGAUAAAACAAAAAUUGCUUGGAUUGAUCGAAUCUUGGAUGAAAUCAAACAAGGUCAACAUGUCCUAUUUUCCAUUAAACACAUCCGAGAAAUCUGUUCCCAAUUUCAUGACAGCACAUAUCCACAUAGCAGUUCUCGCAUGGGCACUCCUUUCAAUCGACUGACGAUAAUCGAUACGCUAGAAAAGAACCACAAAUUAAGUAGUGUCAUCACUAAAGAUCUUUGUCAUUAUAUGGAUAACGUACGACGACAUCAAGAUGAAAACAAGAUUUUACCACCAGAAGAUUUCUAUCCAGAUGGGCGUUUCAAUCACAAUUAUCAAAUUCAUGAACGUUUAACUUUUCUCAAGUUUAUUUUGAAAGAUGGCCGUCAAUAUUUAGGAGCCGAGAACAUGAAACAGAUAUGGCUGUGUCUUGCCGAACGUCCUAUUUACUCUCAAGAUCGUGAACAGUGUUUUCGUUGGUUUGCUGAUAUUAUUGAUGAUGUUGGAUUUGAAUCGAGAUCAGGAAAAGAAUUCUUUCAAAAUCAAUUUAUGAAAUUAGAUCCUCAUCAUCUAACUGAUCUUGGAAUGAAUUGUUUCGAUCGAUUUUUCAAAUCUGUCAAUGCUCAAUCGAAUAAAUUUCAACAAAAACGCCGUUCCGUUCGACUGAUCAGUGACGAAGAUCUUAUCGGUGGUGAAUAUCUCUGGAAAGUAAUCCUUAAUGGUUCUGAUGAAGUUGCUAAUCGUGGUAUUCAAUUAAUUAAAGAAAUUUAUACAAAUAUAAGUCCGCAAUUAAAAACUGAAGUUAAACGCAUUCAUCAGACAUUUAUGGGAGAAUGCUUUUCUCGACUGAAACAUGUUUACGGACAAAUUAAAAGCAAGUCAACACCACAGGGGAUUGUUGCUUUAAUUCGUUUAUUGACUGUGCUGAGAGAAUAUUUAGCUGAAUGUGAUUAUUCCUAUCAUAAGGAUCGAAAUGUUUUACCGAUGGCGAGAGCGUACCGUGGUCGACCAGUCAUAAUGUCUAUUCGUUUUCCGACGACUCAGAAUCGACAAGGCGAAGAUUUCGAUUAUCAAUGUCAUUCGAAUGAUACCUGGGGACAAAUACGACGAAUGAUUUGCAAUCGAUACAAGACAUCCUGCAAUGUUCUAGAACUACUUCGAAAUAACGAUUUAAUCUACCCAGUCGAUGAUAACAAAACAUUAGGCCAAACUGAUGGACGAGAUCGAAUAACAAUAUCAGUUCGAUGGGUCCAACACUCAUCCCAUGCCGGUUCGAGUGGUGACAGCAGUUCAUCUGAAUCGGAAAUAAAUAACAGUGUGUCGAUGUCGAUGUCUCAUCAAAACCGAAUACCCGAUGGAAUUGAUAUCAGUGCUGAAAAUGUCUUACCAUCCGUAUUAUUCUCCCAAAAACAUGAGUAUUAUCAAUUUUUAAUUGAAAUAUCGGAUUUGGGAUGCAAAGAACAGAAUACACGUCUUCGUGAUACGGCUCGUCAUAUUCUCGAUCUAGUGCCUGUUGAUCCCGAAGCUAAAAUAACUUUUACGAAUUGCUUUCAGAAUAUGAAACCUAAUUCGGAAGAAAGUGCAAAUCGUAUUAGGAAAUUCUAUUUCCAUUCAUCACCGACCCAAAUAUUAUACAAUCUGAAAACAACAUUGAUUCGACUUGCUCCGGCAUCCUUCACUUCGGCAGAUAUGAACGAAAUCGAAGUUUUGCAUGUCUUCUUUCUUCAUACGGGUGGUCUAACAUGUCUAUUAUACAUUUUAACACAGAAGCAAUUUACCGAUCAAUGUGAUACAGCAACAAGAAAGUCGAUCUAUUUAUUCACACUGUCGAUCCUCAAACGUCUUCUCAUUAUUCUUGGUUACUACCAAGUCAAAACAGCGAACUCACCUGUUUAUCAAAUGUCAUUAGAACACAUUCUGAAUGUGAUGCCUGUCACAACGAUUUAUAAUGAACAACAAAUGUCAAUAUCGUUGGAGUUUCGUAUUGCGAGUUUGCUACUUCAACAUGCCACGAAUUAUCCCAUUCCAAAAAAGUCAUUCUUACAAUAUGAAGACAUUUUGGAACUGAUUCGAUUGAUCUGGUGUUUAGCGUCGAAUAAUAAACAGAGUUCGUUUGAAGACUGUCUGAAAAGUGAUUUCGAUUUUAUUCACCAAGCUUUUAAACAAGAUAAUUUUGAUCCAAACGAACAAUUUGAGUUCAAUGAUUUUUCUGAAGAAGACGAAGAGAGUCAACAAGCAUGUCGAGAAGGUUUAGAACUGCUCUGUAUGUCCAUUGCAUUAGUACCAUCAUGUGUGGAACGUUUAAUCCAAGAAAAUUUCUUCGAAUAUUUUCUCAUCGAUCUCGUUCUCUAUUGUCAUUACCCAGCAAUACGUCACACAGCAUCGGAUCAAAUCUUUCUCCUCACUACUCACUGCGCCCAAGGUCAGCACGAAAAUUUAGUUAAAUAUCUUAUUGAUAAACAAUUUCAAAUCUUCAAUACUCAUCCUGAUUCGAUGAAAACGUAUUCAUCCUACUCAUUGGAUUUCUUUCAAUUGUUAUGCCGUUUAUUAUCAUUUGCCUAUCUCAAUCAUAUAACACCAUCGAAUAUUAAACAACAGUUGCAUGAUGAAAUGACUUGGUUAACAACGCUUCAAUUGCCUGUUGAUGACCAUUUACUUCGUGGUCAUUUGAAUCUAGCGAAAGAAUUAUUACAAUUUCAAACCAGUGAACUGAAGCGGUUCUAUGGCAUUGAACAAUCGUUAAUUCAGCGAUUAAUCGAACAAUUUCUGUUUCCGCCAUCGACAUUGCUCAGCCAAGUUCGUUCAUUGAAACAAAAGCAACUGACAAAUAUGACUGCGGACACUGAAUAUAAUGAACUCAUAGAACCACCGGUUCCCAUUUGUCAAUCACCUAUGACUACAUCAGCAGCAUUUGAUUUGUUGGUUAUCUUAGGAACUGAUUGUAUUGAUAAUUUGAAACUGAUCGAUAAAUAUCUUACAGAUCUCUUCUACUCAGCACCUGAUUCAGCCUUAACUGAAUGGGAUUUUUCAUUACCAAUCGGAUCACGUCCCAAUCAAGGAUUUGUUGGAUUGAAAAAUGCUUGUGCUACCUGUUAUAUGAACUCUGUUCUUCAGCAGUUAUUUAUGAUUAAACCCAUCCGAACAGCUUUGUUAGCAGUGAAAAUUCCACCUGAAUAUGGUGAGGAUGAAUUCGAUGAAGAUGACGUACGUCGAGAAACGUCGAGUGGAAACACCGACUCGAAGUCGUCUGCAAAAGACAAGUCAGCUACUGUGUCGCCAGCAAAAAAUGAUCCAAAUGAAUACCACAUACAAAUAUUACGACAAAUCCAGCGAAUCUUUGGACAUUGCCUCGAUUCCAAACUACAAUAUUACGUUCCUCGAGGUUUUUGGAAACUAUUCAAAUUUGCAGGCGAAGCGGUCAAUGUACGUGAACAACAAGAUGCCGUGGAAUUCUUAAACACUGUCAUUGAUAAUAUUGAUGAAGCAUUAAAAGUCUUGAAAUUACCACAAAUAUGUUCACGAGUUUUACGUGGCACAUUUGCGGAUCAAAAGAUCUGUAAAGAUUGCCCGCAUCGUUACACACGUGACGAAGAUUUCACAUUGUUAAGUGUUGAUAUUCGUCAUAGUCAAAAUCUGAAAGAAUCCCUCGAACAGUAUGUCAUCGGAGAAUUGUUAGACGGUCCGAAUGCAUACUUUUGUGAAAAAUGUAACAAAACGAUUGAUACGGUCAAACGAACUUGUUUUAAACGCUUACCACCUAUGUUGGCUAUACAAUUGAAACGAUUCGAUUAUGAUUGGGAACGUGAAACACCUAUUAAAUUUAAUGAUUACUUCGAAUUUCCAAGGGAAUUAGAUAUGGAACCCUACACAGUGCAAGGUCUUGCAAGAGCAGAAGGCACAUCGAUAAUCGAUGAAAAUGAUACGGACAAUCAGAAUACCAAUGAUGAUGGUACCCGUUAUAAACUUGUAGGUAUUAUUGUUCACAUGGGACAAGCGAAUGGUGGUCAUUACUAUUCCUUCAUUCAACAUAACGAUGAAUCGGAUGAUUCGAAUUAUUCUCAAUGGUAUAAAUUUGACGAUACGGAUGUUAGCGAAUGUAAAAUGAAUGAUGACGAAGAACUUCGAUCCCAGUGUUUCGGUGGCGAUCAUAGCACAUCGCCAUUUGAUCAACCAGUUAUAAAACGACAACGUCGCUGCUGGAACGCGUACAUUCUAUUCUAUGAAAAAUUGCCAACAAAUAGUGUUGAUCCAAUCAAAGUUCUCGAGAAAGACUUGAGCCAACUUGAAUUAUACGACAAAACUCAACGCAUGCCAUUAUCUGUUCAACGAAGUGUUCGAAAGCAAAAUAUUAAGUUUCUUCAUAAUCGAAUCCUCUUCAGUCCGGAAUAUUUCUUGUUCAUCAGAAGACUUGUACAUAGCAAUGUACAACAGCUAGUACUUCUUAUCCAACAGCAACAGCAACAACAGGAAGAGAAGGAUUCCUUGACAAAUGCCAUUGAAGAAUUAGCACUAAUAGCGAUUCAAAUAACCGCAAAAUUCCUUUUCACCAUCGGAUGGCAUACGAAGAAGUCACUUCGUGGCGCAGCUAGCGAAUGGACCGAAUUAGUCACCCACUGUUUACGUUACUCCCGUCGUGCUCGACAAUACUUUGUUGAAGAAGUUUUAUUUAAACAUCCGAAUCGUUUCCACGAAUACCUUAUCGACUGUAUGUCAGCAGACAUUCGUAACGUAUUUGGUCGAAUAUUGGUCACACUGGCGACUCACUCUCGACAAGAUGAACAACAUAAUGUUGAGAAUGCCACAGAUGACAUGACUGUUGAAGAAAAGAUUUUGAAUUCUGUUAUACGUUUAAUGAAAAAAGAUGGACCAGAUAACUUGAAAAUGUCUGCACAAUAUUUUCAAUUUUUUAUCAAUUAUUCUUCUCAAGGCCGCUAUGAAUGUGAACAAUUAAUUCGUCUGAACGUUCCAUUGAUGUUGGCUAAAAUGAUUGCUGACGAUUUAUCAUCAACGUCAAUACAUCGCUACGGUGAACCGUCAAAAUUGUCCAUUAUCCUAUCCACAUUAAUCCGGUGUUUUGAUGUUUCAAGCUUAUGUAAAUCGAGUCAUCCCGAUGAAAAAGUUUUACCUAAUCCGUAUCGAACCUAUGACAGCGGUCCGAUUUGCCCGAUUCCUAAUGGACUAAUCGAGUUAUUAUACAAACGCGAUCAUUUGUUAAAGAAACUUAUCGAAGAUGCCGGUACAUGCGAAGAAUUGACACGUUUUCUUCGCUUUGUUAUCUGGGAAAAUCCGGACGUCACAGCAGUGGCACUACGCGAUAUUUUGACAUUACCAUCAAUGUACUACUCCGGCGAUCUACGCACUCAUCUUGAGAUUCUAUCUAUGGUGCUGUUGAUGGAAGAUUCUUGGCAAGAAGCUCGUCUCCUAUAUGCAUUGAAAGGUAUUCCAAUAAACAAUGAAAUGAGUCCGACGAUCGACGAACCUUCUUCACCGACAACAACUUUGAAUAAUAAUAACUGCUAUAGUAAUGAUGUUGUUCAAUCGUUGUUUGAUUUAUACUCGAAAUCGAAAUCAAGUAAUGAAAAACGAGCCUAUCAAUUCAUGAAAACUUUAUUACAAAUUUUUACAAAUUGUCCCAAAGCAUAUCAACUCCUUCAAACGGAUCAAGAGUUGAAAGACAGUUGGAUACAAGCUGUUCGCUGGUUACAUGAUCAACUCGAACGACCAAAUUACAUUCCAUCAUUCUAUUCCUCUCAAGGACAAGUGACUAGUAACGAUUUAUCACAAGGAUGUUUUCUUGAACGAACACAAAGCGCAAAAUCAGUAUUGGCUAAAGCCGGUGAAUUAUGUUCGGAUAAAGAAAAUGACGACGAUGAUGAAGACGACAAUUCCAACGAUAUCGUUGAAAUGGAUGCGGAGACAAACAUUCAACAUAUACUGCCUACUUAUCAUAAAUAA